GACCACGAUACAGGUGGAGAAAACCAAAUAACCAACAUGCUGUUUCCAAACAGUGGAACGUAGCAACUUAAAUCCGAGAGUUUUGCAGUUGGACUAAACGUUUCAAUUAAGGGUUAUAUUAUUAGUCUAUGUAGCGCACAGAAAUCUGGCCUACAGCUCCAAAGAGGAAAGGAUGCUUUGUUUGUAGACCCCGCUUUGUGCUCCGAGGUAUUGGCGGUCCGCUUGUGAAGCGAAACACAGCAUGCCGUACCACUGUGUGGCUUUCGGAUGCGGCAAAACCGCGGAGGAUGGAGUGAAGCUGUUUAAAUUCCCCAAGGACCCCGAGGAGUUUCGCAAAUGGGAGAAGCAGGUUCAGCGCACCCGCAGCCAGUGGGUCGCCACAUCCAGCUCUCACCUCUGCAGCGAGCACUUUGGCAAGGAGUACUUUGAGCCCAAACAGCUGCCGGGAGCUCUGGUUCUGAAGCUGGGAGCUGUUCCCACCGUGUUCGUCCGUCCGCACUGCUCAUCCUGCAAUGGAGUGGGCUGCAGUAAGUGCCUGCCCGCUAUCCAACGCCGGGGCAUUACUGCCGAACCAAAAGAGCGCGCCGCCAGUGCCGAAUAUAAUGAAACUGCGUCCGCGCAGUUUGAUGAAACUGACGGAGGAGGUGACAAAGAUCUGACCGGACAUCUGACAGGAGAAGGGGUGAUGUGGGGCGGGGGAAACAAAGAAGUACCAGUGGUUUGCGAGAUGUGCGGCACCACCGGUAGUAUGAGCGCCUUCUUUUCCAAGACCAAGCGUUUCUGCAGUAUAUCCUGUUCGCGAUCCUAUUCAUCCAACUCGAAGAAGACCUCCAUACUGGCACGACUGCAGGGAAGGCCCCCCUCAAAGAAAGUGCUGAACAAGAUGAACAAAUCCCCUCCAGCUGCCGCUGCACUCAAUGCAGUUUUUGAAUGGGGCGCCUACCUGGAGAAGGAAACCUCUCUGGCUGCAUCGGUGUCCUGCUUCAGACAUGCUCCCUUGUGUGCCCAGUGGGAUGACAUCACUCUGGGGAUGAAGGUGGAGGUCCUGAACACCAACGCGGUGCUGCCGAGUAAAGUCUACUGGAUCGCUUCUGUCAUCCAGAUUGCAGGAUACAAAGUCCUGUUGAGAUACGAAGGCUUCGAACACGACAGCAGUCGAGAUUUCUGGUGCAGCCUCUUCUCGGGGGAUGUGAACCCAAUCGGAUGGUGCGCCAUGACGAGUAAACUUCUGGUGCCUCCACAAGAUGUGAAGCGGAACAUCCCAGAUUGGAAGGAGUAUCUGAUGUCAAAGCUCGUGGGGGCUCACACUCUACCUGUCGACUUCUACCUGAAGUUGGCAGAGAGCAUGAAGUACCCUUUCAAGCCGGGGUUGCGUGUGGAGGUGGUGGACCCCAAACAUGUGAGUCAGACCCGCCUGGCAGCCGUAGAGUCCCUUCUCGGCGGCCGUCUGCGCCUGGUGUACGAAGACCAGAGUGACGCUCAGGAUAAUAUCCUCUCUGACUUCUGGUGCCACAUGGGGAGUCCACUGGUGCACCCGGUAGGCUGGUCCAAAAAAGUGGGUCACGCCGUCCGACCUCCUGCAAACAAUGUGGAAGGUUCUGGCAGCAUUUGGAAGAGUAACUGUGAUGGCUCCUUCCUGCUCUUUAAGAAGCCCAGGUUUGUUUACAUGGAAGGAGGUUUCUUUGAGCAAGGAAUGAAGCUGGAGGCGAUCGAUCCUCUUAACCUGGGAAGCAUCUGUGUGGCCACUGUACAACAGGUUCUGUUGGACGGCUACCUGAUGGUGGGGAUCGAUGGCAACCCAUCAAACGGCUCUGAUUGGUUUUGCUACCACGCCUCAUCUCAUGCCAUCUUUCCUGUAGACUUCUGUAAAAAGAACAACAUCCCUCUCACGGUACCUCAAGGCUAUAACUCUCAGACCUUCACCUGGGACAAAUACCUGAAGGAGACCGAAGCUCAAGCUGCACCGGCGCGACUGUUUAACACCGACUACCCGGGCCACGGCUUCUCCCCCAACAUGAAGCUGGAAGCGGUGGACUUGAUGGAGCCGCGCCUGGUGUGUGUGGCCACGGUGAAGCGCUGCGUGGGCCGCCUGCUGCUCGUCCACUUCGACGGCUGGGAGGAUGAGUUUGACCAGUGGAUCGACCACCUGUCCUCCGACAUCUACCCCGCCGGCUGGUGCGAACUCAUGCGCUACCAGCUCCAGCCUCCUCCAGGACUCGUUGAUUCGGAAAACCAGGUGGCACCGAACAAGAAACCGAAGCCCCCUCCGUAUGGGAAAAGGAGGAGGAAAAAUGCAAGGAAGAGACUUUCUCAGGAGCAGGUUCCAGAUGAUGUUGGUCAGGAGCCUGAGGUCAGUGGUACCCACGGUUCUCCUGCUGUAGAAGGCCACGUUCUUCCUUCAGAGGUUCCCCUCAUCCAGCCCAAGGCCGAGCCAGAGGAACUGGAAAUCUUUGCAGUGCAGGUCAAAGUGGAGGAGGUGGAGGUGGAGAUGGAGAACCCCAUUGAACCUCCGGAUGUUCCUCGACAAGCCCCUCUGGGAGAAAUCAAACAGGAGGCGGGAGGGGAGCAGAGCAAGUCAGGACGCCAUCAGUCACCAGGCCAGAGCAGCAGGGACAAAGUAGCACAUGCGAAGAGGAGGCCAAGUGAACCGACACUAGAAAGAAGGGAAGAGCGUGCAUCUUCUGAAGAGGGCUUUAGUGGCGAAUGCAACAUGGAGCGGAGCACAGGAGAAGACCGGGACAUGGAUGAAACUUCAGAGAGCAACACCGAGCUGGAAACGACAGGAGAGGCUGUAGGGAUGGAGACGUGAGAAGACUGCGUCUGCUUAAAGAGCAGAGUGAACAACUGGAUGAAUGGAGAGGUUGGGCUUACUGUGAUGGAGUAAAUUACAGUUGCAUGGAUGAAAUGAACUGGCUUCCUGUGACUGGCCUGCAUUAAAUAGGCUGUUUGAAUCCAGAGAAAGAGUGGCACACCAUGCCAGUAGCAAUGAAAAGUACUAUGUAGGGAAGUAAUUCCACACAGUCGAUCCAUUAAUGAAAAUACACCCUCCAUAAAUAGUAUUAGAGGCUUUAAGUUUAGGAAAAUGUUGAGGGUCCUAACUUUACAUUCUGAGUGUAUCUUUAAAAUGAUGGCUGCAUGUAGUUCACCAGGCACAGCUAUGGAACCACGUUGGUUUCUCCACUUUAAAAAGCUCCGCUACAUCAAACCUUUGGAAAUGUAUUCUGGGGCCAUAGGAGACACAUUUUUGUUGGAAUGUUUUAUUGUUUUCCUGUUAUAUAUCCAGAUGUUUGCUAAUUAGAAAUCAUUGUUCUUCAACUUACUGUUUUGAAUGUUGUCAAGGUAUCUAAACCGGUACAUUCUGCAGUUGUGUUGUAGUAUAACUGACAUAAAGCCAGGCUGCAUCCUUUUGCUGUAACUUACUAAAGCUAAGGAAACUCCCAACAAGCUGGCUGAACUGGUAAUGUUGGUCAAAUGGUUCCUUUGAUUCAAUUAAAUGACUAAUGUG